GCGGCCCCGAUGAACGCUCUCGAUCCCCCCCGGCAACGUGCAACUCCUCGCAGCGACUAUGGGCUCGCGUCUCGAGAGCAAUUCGAACUCCGUGCGAAAGCGCAUCGCAAACCACACCUUCGAUGACGAGCAUGGCGAGGAGUACGAGGGCUCCAAGUUUGGCGGGUUCAGCGACUACUUUCGGCGCAAGAAGAUAAAACUUCAGAACCUGGACGCCGAUCUACGCUCCCAAUCUACCGACAAGCCCCAGAUAUUCAGAGGCAUCGUAGCCCAAGUAAACGGCUAUACCCAACCAUCGCUCAACGAUCUACACACGCUCAUCGUCCAGCAUGGCGGCGGCUUCAUGCAGUAUCUCGACGGCAAAACCACUGUGACACACAUCAUUGCUAGCAGCCUCACUCCCAAGAAGGCAGAGGAGUUUAGAAAGUAUCGCAUCGUCAAGCCGGCAUGGGUGGUCGACAGUGUACAGGCUGGGAAGCUGCUACCGUGGAACGACUAUCGGGUCGUGGACGAGGGUGAGAAGCAAAGGGUGCUUACUUUCGACCAGGGCAAAGUGCUCAGCCGGGCGAAUACAAAGGCGCGAGGGUAUCGGGACCAGACGGAUAGCAGUUGGUACACCAGCCAGCUGAGGGGGACCCAGAAUGCUGUGCCUGCCAGCACUCCAAGCCCCGCUCCAAGUAGCUCGUUGCGGUCGCGUUUCUCCAAACAAAGGUUGCCGACCCCUGGUGAUGAAAUCAAAGACCGGCCGCCUUCGCACCAGCCAGAGGAGCGUCCCUUUGGUCCUGGUAACCACGAGCAAGGCAGAGGCGAUGAACCUCAGUCAGAGAAGCUCGUCACGCCGCCCAAAACUAGCCCGCCGCUAGGUCCGCAAGCCGAUGAUGACCCAGCUUCUUCAGACGGUAUAUUCGAGGAGCAGGACGAGAGUCUAUAUGCUGGUCCUCCUCCACCGGAACCGCUGAAGUUAAAGACACCGGCGUAUAGAAAUGAAGAACUAGACGAGGGUGCUGUCCAAGAGACAACGACAUCCGACGGCAAGAAGAGGCCACUGACGGCCGAGGAGCACAAUGCCAUAUUACUUCGAGACCCAAAAGUCCGGAAAUCCACUGUCGUAGACCCCGGUUUUCUCGAGCAGUACUACCGCGAGUCUCGCCUGCAUCACCUUUCGACUUGGAAGGCUGAUCUGAAAUCUCAGCUGCAAGCGCUUGCCAACGAGAAGAGCUCGUCCCAAAAGUCUAAGCAGAAGCGGCCUCUAGGAUCGCGGCGAUACAUUCUUCAUGUUGACUUUGACAGUUUCUUCGCUGCCGUGAGCCUGAAGAAGCACCCACAGUACAAGGACAAGCCGGCCGUCGUGGCUCAUGGUCAGGGCAGCGGGUCUGAAAUCGCCAGUUGCAACUAUCCUGCCAGGAAGUUCGGCAUCAAGAACGGAAUGUGGAUGAAACGCGCUCAAGAACUCUGCCCGGAUCUCAAGAUUUUGCCCUACGACUUCCCUGCAUAUGAAGAAGCUAGCCGAUCCUUUUAUGAUGCCAUACUUGAUACUGGAGGCCUUGUGCAGAGCGUCAGCAUCGACGAGGCGCUUAUCGACGUAUCUGAUAUGUGUAUCUCUAUUGGCGGAAGCGAUGGUAGGAAGAUCGCCGAGGGAAGCAUUUACCGCGAGCAAGCUAAGGCGGACGAGAUCGCGCAGUCCCUGCGAGAUCAGGUCAAGGCCAAAACAGACUGCAAUGUCUCGGUUGGGAUCGGCGGCAACAUUCUUUUAGCCAAGGUGGCCUUGAGAAAGGCGAAGCCGGCAGGUCAGUACCAAAUUAAACCUGAGGAUGCUCUCGAUUUUAUCGGGCAACUCCAAGUACAAGAUCUUCCCGGCGUCGCCUGGUCCAUUGGCGGCAAGCUAGAAGAGAUUGGAAUCAAAUACGUAAAGGACAUCCGGGAAUGUUCGAAAGAAAAGCUCGUGCAGACUCUCGGUCCCAAAACUGGAGAGAAGCUCUGGGAGUAUGCGCGCGGUAUCGACCGUCAAGAAGUCGGCGAGCAGGUUGUUCGCAAGUCGGUUUCGGCUGAAGUCAACUGGGGGGUGCGCUUUGAGAACCAAGAACAAGCCGAAGAAUUCAUCGGCAAUCUUUGCGGCGAGCUGCAGAAGCGGCUCUUAAAAGAAAAGGUCAAGGGAAAACAGCUCACCAUGAAGAUCAUGCGACGCUCGCCAGAUGCCCCUCUCGAUCCGCCGAAGCAUCUGGGACAUGGGAAGUGCGAUACAUACAACAAAAGCUUAGUCCUAGGUGUGGCUACGAACUCCAAGGAAGUCUUGACGAAAGAAUCGUUAAGCGUCCUCAAAGGCCUCGGCUUCUCUCCAGGCGAGUUGAGGGGCAUCGGUGUGCAGAUGACCAAACUCGAGCCCAUGAAGAGCGCCACAGAUGGGAGUCUAGAAAGCUCACAGCGCCGUCUCCAAUUCAAGGUUAGCAACACCGAACCGAAGAACACCCACAAAGCACGAGACGUUGCAGAGGCGGAUCCAAUCCAAGACGACCCAGAGACACCAAGGAAGCGCAAAGCCGGCCCGGAAGAGGACCAUGUCGCGUUUGGUCCUCCAGAGCUGAACCAUUCCACGCCGUCUCGCCGGCCUUUAAACAUGAUGGGGACGCAGUUCAUCAUGCCUACGCAAGUUGAUCCGAAAGUCCUCGCCGAGCUACCAGAGGACAUCCGCUCGAAGCUCCUACGACAAGCGCGCCAGUCAUCACCAACACCG